AUGGCCAACACUGCUACUAGUACAAGUAGUUCUACCAAUCCGUACAACCUUCCUGAUCUCUCUGGCAAAACAGCCAUAAUCACUGGCGGAAACAGUGGACUAGGCCUCAAGACGGCUCUGGAAUUAGUUCGUCAGGGAGCUGCAGUGGUGAUUACCUGUCGUUCCGCCAACAAGGGAGAAGAAGCAGUUGCUGAUGUCAAGCAGGAACUUCCCAGGGCCGACAUUGCCUACGGCGUUUGUGAUCUCUGUGAUCUCGCUAGUGUCAAGUAUUUUGUGGAUAACUACCAGAAAGAUCACGCUAACUCAGCAGAUAAUAAAAAUCACUUGGAUAUUGUCGUGGCCAAUGCCGGCGUUUCUACCUUUAUCCAGGAAGGCCAACCGGGAAAACAUCAGCUCACCAAGGAUGACCAAGACUUCUUCAUGCAAGCAAACUACUUGGGACAUUUUGCACUCAUCCACGGUCUCAUGCCUCUCUUGCUCAAAUCAGAGGCACCCAGAGUUGUCUCAUGCAAUACUUUCUUCUCCAACACAGAAAACUACGCCAACGCCGUUGACCUACCGGACUUUAAUUGGUCUCAACGAGCCGCCAAGGGAGAGUACAAUGUCAAGCAGGCUUACUUUGCUUCAAGAUUGGCCCAACAGCAAAUGACAGUCAAACUCAACCAGGAAUUCCAAAAGAAUCUCGGUCCAGAUACCAAGGCGGUGGCUGCCGUCUUGGAGCCGGGUUUGGUCCAACGAGCUGAGCCCGACAAAUCUGCCCUCCUGCAAUUCUUUCGCCAACCGGUUGACGUAGGAUGCCGUACACAUUUGGUCGCUGCCACGGACCCAAAUGUCAAGCCAAAUGACUUUCUGGAACCACACCGGUUCAACCUGUUUGGGUUCCUACUCUUUGGUCCACCCACCACCUACACACUGAAUGGAUCCAAGAAAGCGGCAGAUCAAGUGGCAGUGGUCGGACUCUGGGACUUGUCCAAGAAGAUAGUCCAAAAGGCUUGGUCAAGCUAG